ACUUUUACAGGGCCGUAAUCAAUUAAAUGCUAAAAAAAUUAAAUCUCCCUUGGCAACGAUAUUUUAUUAUUUUAUUGACAUAAUUUUGUCAGUUAAUAGUUUUUUUAUAAAAUAUUGAUGAGCGAUUACGAAUUUUUCCAUGCAGAAGAAAGCGGUUUUUGAUAAAUUGUACUUUCCAAACAAACCUAAUUAUGAAUAUACGGCAGAGUAUUUUGCUUCAAAAGCUGCAGAGUCUUUCAAAUAUGCAGGGGGUUACAACCCAGGAGAUUGCGUCGAACGAAACGUCGCAAUAACAAACUACGUGGUACAGAGACAGUUAGCAAAAACUUCUAAAAAACUAGAAAAUAAACGAAAGGAUUACAAUGACAAAAGAAACCUAGUGGAAGAACAAUGGGAAGAUCUCAGGACCAAAGAGGCUAGCUUCAGAAACAACUUUAUUAGUUUUAACCAGUUUGUUAAAGAAAAUCAAGAAAAAAAAGAAAGAGCUGAACACAAAAUAAUCGAACAAAACCAAUUGAGAGACGAGAGGCAAAAACGCACAGAAGAACUAAUGAAGCAAUGCGAAGCAGUUUCCGAAAUAAAAGCCAAAAUGGAUAAGAGAAUUGCGCAAUAUAGAAUUUAUGAAAGUUAUUUGGUUGAAGUAGUUGAGACAGAGGAAUCUAUGCAAUCCAUUAAUGAUUUAAUAAAAAGAUAUGAGGCUUUAAUUGGUGCCAAAAGAGACUUAAAUGAUAUGCAGCAAAGAGAUAUGAUGAAAUUGGAGAGGGCUAAAACUGAUUUGAUGAAACUAAUCGAAGACAAAAAUUUCAUUAUAAUGGGUUUGAAUAAUCAAAUAGCAAAUUUACAAGCCAGAUAUGAAAAUGCCAACAUUAAAGCUCUGGAAUCUGAGGAAUUGGUGACCCAAAUCAAGAAUAACGCCGUUAAACAAUUAAAUGAAAUUGAUACGGUGAAAAACUCCGUUUGGAACCUUUACAUCCACAUGGCAUCGUCCAAAAAACACCCGAUUAAAAUUAAAAAAGAAAACGUUGAAGAACAAAUGAUGUAUGUUAACAGAACUUUGACCGAAUUGAACAAAGUCAAUAAGCUGAUUAAAAAGAGAGCGGCUAAAUUGAGCAAAUAAUGAGAUUUUUUUGUCGAGAGGGGAUAUUUUAUGUAUGUAUAUGUUUUUUUAGGGUAUAAAUAAAGUCUGAUCAUUCUAUAGAUA